UAAAAUAAAAAAAGGCAACUAAAGAUGGGGGAGAGAUAAAGUCCAUCUUAUCUUAUCAUAUUUAAGCUAUCAACGCCAACAACCAUCUACUGUCUAGAGGUUGUAUAAAGACCCUCCACCACGACCUCGUUUAUUACAUUCUGUUGUUGUACUGUACAUGUACAUGUAUCAACUUCCCAUCAUUUAGGCCUUUCUCUCUUCAAUUUCUGCACUCAUCAACCACCAUGCGUCACAACUUCCCCAACAACUAACUGGAUUGGUAGCCUCUGGGACGGCUAUGAGUUGCACUGUGGUGAGAAAACCAUAUGGCGAAUCGGCGAGAAAAUGUCCGAACACUCUAUCCUGAUACCUGGUUCAUCCUAAAACUGGUCCAGGUGGGCUGGAAGCCCAGGCUGUCUAUCACUGUGAGCAGAUUGUCCAGGGCAGACCCAGUAACAAGAAGGUCAUUAUCAAGGUCCGAAUGCAGGUACCCCCCGAAUAUCCCGCCAGCAACGACUCCAGCAUCCGCGCAAGCCUCGCACAGCAGCAGCCCUCAGGCUGGAUGCUCCAGGAGCUCCAGUCACUGAGAUAUUUUAACAAGAAUGAAUGCACUGUGGUUCCGAAGCUUCUGGAUGUCGUGAGGUCAUGGCAAGGCGAAUCAGAUAUGCCCGUCCCGCAAGGCUAUCUGGUGUUUAUUGUGAUGGAGAAAGUCCCAGCUGUAUGUAUCACUUGUCAAAUUUUGGGAGUACAAUCUUGUCCAGCGCAACAAGAUCAGGGCCUCAGGGCCUCAUUUCGUCGGAGCCUGACGGCGCCGCUGCUCGAAUUAGGUGCACGACCGAGUGAUUGCCAGCUUGAUAAUCUCGUCUAUGACGAGAGAACUGAUACGUUACGUGCUACUUUGUUGAUUUCGAGGAUAUCAAGGUGGAGAAGACGAAACCGGCAGUGCAGUUUUCAUCCGAUCAUUUCUUCAUCUGGGGUUUGGCCAGAGAUGAGAACUGUCAGGAUGUUUAUUAGCGGCCUGGUGCUGAUCCUGGCCAAGAUUUUCCCCCAGAUGGUGUGCUAAGACUUUCGUAAGGUCGAGUGGAAUUGCAAAAUAAAACUCGUUAUCCAUACGUAGUGCGAAUGAUGUAAGAGGUCUUUUCUAUUUUACAAGAGAGAGAAGGGGGGGGGAGGAGAUGAAGUUGGUUGAGAUUGCGAACUUCCUUGCGUAUGGAAUUAGAGCUAUGGUAUUUCCGCAUAUUCUAGAAGACAAUAUGGAUGUUCUCCUCACACGCCUUCUCCUGUGUAAUAGUCUCUUCGUAUAACGGCGAUUUGUUGAGCUCGAGGGUGUAAUGCUCAAUGGUGAGAAAGUAACUAUCAUCACAUUUGCCAUCACAGUUAGUUCUAUCUAAGCUGAAAUUUCCGCUCGAGCCUUUUCAACAAUGCAUUGCGCUUCUCCAAUAACUCAUAGAUAAGUCCACACCUUUAACCACUCUUUUAACUUAAUCAAACUCAUCCAAGCAAUCGCAGACUUGAGCAUAGCUGCCACAACUAAGAGUGCAGGGCCUCGAUCAUUUCUCGUUCCAAUUCUCUACCUUCUCUCCAUGAAGGGAUCCAGCAAGACACAGAUAGAGAAGCACUUUACAAGCAUUCAGACGCUUCCUUUCAGUGAGUGCGCCACACCGUAAAGGAGUUCACACCGCAACGGAAUUUUUGAAAAUAAGUAUCUUUUAUAUGAGAAUC